CAAAAAUGUCUAUAAAUACAUUAUCUUUCAAUCUUUCUUAAUCAUCUAUCAUCACACUUAACAAUAUUUAUCUUCUUCUCAUAUUUUUUAUUAGAAGAAAAUAAUGGGAAUUUUAUCAAAUAAUCUUGCAAACAAAUUGCCUGUAAUUCAUGUUGUUAUGGUAGCUGUUGUAAUGUUGAGUUCGAUUGUCUAUGGUGCAGGAAACUUUCUUGAGGUAUUCGAACCUACGUUUGGUGGUAGUAGGGUUCGAGUAUUUGGUCCUGGAAAUACACAACUCGCACUCACCUUAGACAGGGGCUCAGGAUCUGGGUUUCGUUCUAAGAGGGAAUAUUUGUUUGGAAGGAUUGAUAUGCAAAUCAAACUUGUUCCCGGUAACUCUGCUGGCACUGUCACUACCUUUUACUUAUCAUCUGAUCAAAGUACGGGAAGACACGACGAGAUUGAUUUCGAAUUCUUAGGGAAUGUGAGUGGCCAACCUUACACCAUUCACACUAAUGUGUUUAGCCAAGGACAAGGCAAUAGAGAGCAACAAUUUCACCUUUGGUUUGACCCAACCCUCAACUUCCAUACAUAUACCAUUCUUUGGAACCCACAACUUAUAAUGUUUAAAAUAGACCAAACACCAAUAAGAGUAUUCAGAAACUAUGAAAAUGAAGGGAUUCCUUUCUUCCCAAAGGUACAACCUCAAAGAAUAUACGCUAGUCUUUGGAAUGCAGACGAUUGGGCAACACAAGGUGGACGAGUAAAGACAGAUUGGUCAAAGGCUCCUUUUAGUGCCUACUAUCGUAACUUCAACAUCGAUACAUCGAUUAAUGGGGCAUGGAGAACCCAUGAUCUUGAUGCCAAUGGUAGAAUGAGAUUAAGAUGGGUUCAAAAGAAUUACAUGAUUUAUAAUUAUUGUACUGAUUGGAACCGAUUCUCUCAAAAUUUACCUCCAGAAUGCAAGAAAUAUGGGGUUUAGAGACUUAUUGGACAUAUUACAUUAUAUUUAUUGUGUGAUUUUUAAUUUGUUUUGUGUUUCCAAUUAUUACAAAAUUUGUGUAAUAUCAAAUUAUUAAUUGUAUUAUUGUUAAUUGCUAUAUAUGUAUCAUUUUAUCGA